UGGCAUACAUUCUAAGCAGAGGACCGAAAAACGAAAAUAAUAGUAAGGAUGUUAUCGUGAUCUUGGUCUCUCUCCGCAAGCUUACCAACUGCCAUGCACAAUGCAGCUUGCACCUGCACUACUUUUCCCAGGGCUUGCCCUGGCCCGCGACACCCUACCCGCGUUAAGCCGCCUCCUCAUUAACCUAUCAAAUGCGAAUCCCUUGCAAGCCCGCUGCCUACACCAGCGUCGUCCCGUUCUACACGAGGCAUGGGCAGUUAACGCAGCCGGGACAGCAGCCCCUUCCCAAACCUUCUGGCUCCACCCGAACAUCAACAUCUCAGCGGGUAGCUCCUACCGCCAUUUCUCUUCCUCCUCGUCUACCUCUGCCUCGGGCGAAUCCAGCUCCAGUUCAAAAAAGGCUGGAUCCGGCUCUGGAUCCAGCAACCAGCGGCCUCAUGAGCUGCUGGCGGCCAAGUGCCGCGUGCUGCCCUUCAGCUUGUCGAUCGAGGAGGCGGAGGCGGCGUGGGAGGCGCACCACCAGGGAUUCUUCACGUCCCAUCCGGGCAAGUGGGCCAGCGUAAAGCCCUCACUGCUGCCCUUCUGGUGCUUCUCCGCGGAGGUGCACAUCACUGUACAUUCCGCGCAGGUGGGUCGGGACUACCUGGCCUCCCGCUACAACCCCGCCACCCGCCGCAACGAGACCUAUUGGGACACCGCCUGGGCCACCGUGCGACCCAACUGGCGCUACAGCCGCCGCUGGGGCGCGGAGGCGGAGCAGAUGCAGGUGUACGGCGGAGCCAAGUACCGCCACGACCCCGCGUUGGAUCGCAUGAGGCCCCUGGAGGCGGUACGGCGGGCGCUGCCGUACAGCGAGUACGUGAAGCAGGCGGAUGCACGGCAGGGGGGGCAGGGUGGGCAGAGACAAGGGCAGCAGGGGCAGCAGCAAGGGGGACAAGGGCAGG